AUGACAAUCCCACGGUGUGAACUGGACCCUGCAGACAGGCUUAAGACUGUGGACCUGAUGCUGUCACGUGACAGGCAGGAGGCCGUCAACAGGACCAGAGAAUCUCUGGGGAAGAUCCCGAGGAACGACCUGGUGGAGCGUUUGCUUGCUACACAAGAAGAAGAAAAGCUCAAGAAGAAACAGGAAGAAGAAGAAAAUGAAAUGCUGCACAACAUCCUGCAGGAUUUGACUGAUGAUGAGUUCAAACGUUUCAAAUGGUCCCUUCGAGACAUGUCAACAAUCCCAUGGUGUAAACUGGACAAAGCAGACAGGCCUGAGACCGUGGACCUGAUGCGGUCAUGUGACAGGCAGGAGGCCGUCAACAGGACCAGAGAAUCUCUGGGGGAGAUCCCAAGGAACGAUCUGGUGGAGCUUUUGACACAAGAAGAAGAAAAUCUCAGGAAGAAACCAGUAGAAGAAGAAAAGAUCAGGAAGAAACCAGCAGAAGAAGAAAAGAUCAGGAAGAAACCAGUAGAGGAAGAAGAAAAGCUCAGGAAGAAACGGAAAGCUGAGGAUCAGCAGCCAGUUGAAAUAAUGGAGACACGGCUCUUGUCGCAUGUCAAGAUCCGUUGUGUUCUGCGCUGGGACUAG